GCUGACUCCAGACCCUGCUCCAGACCCAGCCAACGUAAGGGCGCAGAAAAGCGAAACCUCAAAACAUGUCGGUCUUCCAGUGACUGUACGUUGUAUUUCCCACAUUCCCAGCAUGUCAGUGAGCGUUUAGGUUUAAACGUUGUGACUGUGUAAUUUUGUAAAAGGGUCGACACACGAGAUGGAAACUCUUAUUCCCAUCAUUAACAGACUGCAGGAGGUUUUCCUCACAGUUGGAGCCGAGAUCAUCCAGCUUCCUCAGAUCGUAGUCGUGGGAUCACAGAGCAGUGGAAAGAGCUCAGUAUUGGAGAGUUUGGUUGGACGAGAUUUCUUGCCCCGAGGUUCAGGAAUAGUGACGCGACGCCCUCUGGUGUUACAGCUGGUGAAUGUGCCAUCGCUGGAGGAGAGGCGCAAGCAAGACAACGGAAAUGGGGCUAAACAAAACUCUCAAAACACCUAUCCAGGUAUCAAAGCAGAGGAAUGGGGCACAUUCCUUCACUGCAAAAACCAGAUUUUCACAGAUUUCAGUGAAAUCCGGAAAGAGAUUGAGGAUGAAACGGAUCGCAAUACCGAAAAUAAGGGCAUCAGUCCAGAGCCCAUUUACCUGAAGAUCUAUUCCCCAAACGUGCUCAGUCUGACGUUGGUCGACUUGCCUGGGAUCACUAAGGUCCCGGUUGGGGACCAGCCUGAAGAUAUCGAGACUCAAGUCCAAGAGAUGAUUUUGUCCUACAUCUCCAACCCCAACUCUCUCAUCCUGUGUGUAUCUCCCGCCAACUCUGACCUCGCCACAUCUGAUGCCCUUAAACUGGCACGAGACGUGGACCCAGAUGGUCACAGGACGCUGCUUGUCGUGAGUAAGCUGGAUUUGAUGGACGCUGGGACGGAUGCUCUGGAGGUGCUGCUGGGCCGCGUCAUACCAGUCAGACUGGGCAUUAUUGGUGUGGUUAACAGGAGCCAGCAUGACUUGAACACCCAAAAGUGUCUCACUGACUCCUGCAAAGACGAGCAGGCGUUUCUUCAGCGCCAUUACCCGUCAUUAGCCUCCCGCUGCGGCUCUCGAUACCUGGCUCGCACCCUGAGCCGACUGCUAAUGCAUCACAUCAGAGACUGCCUCCCCGAGCUCAAGACACGAGUCACGGUGCUCGCCGCCCAGUACCAGUCCCGACUCAACAGCUACGGGCAGCCUGUGGAAGACCACAGCGCCACCUUGCUGCAGAUCGUCACCAAGUUCGCCACCGACUACUGCAGCACCAUCGAAGGCACUGCCAGGCACAUCCAGACCUCUGAAUUGUGUGGAGGAGCUCGGAUCUGUUAUAUAUUCCACGAGACAUUUGGAAGAACCCUGCAGUCAAUUGACCCACUGGGAGGACUCACUGAGCUAGAUAUUCUCACAGCUAUUCGAAACGCUACGGGUCCUCGGCCAGCGCUGUUUGUUCCUGAGAUCAGCUUUGAGCUGCUGGUGAAGAAACAGAUCAAGAGACUGGAGGAGCCCAGUAUGCGCUGUGUGGAGCUCGUACACGAGGAGCUUCAGAGGAUCAUCCAGCACUGCUCGGCCUACAGCACACAGGAGCUUUUGCGGUUUCCCAAACUACAUGAUUCAAUAGUGGAAGUGGUUACCAUCUUACUCCGGAAACGUCUGCCCAUUACCAAUGAGAUGGUUCAUAAUCUAGUUGCAAUCGAGUUGGCCUACAUAAACACCAAACAUCCUGAUUUCACAGACGCUGCCCAAGUGUCUGCAUCUGUCAACAGCCAGCAGGCCGAGGCAGGGGAUGGAGGGAAGCGAUGGAAGAACGAGAAGAUGCCGUCAGAGGAGAAAGGCCCCGUGCCUGGGUUUGGAAGCCCCACCAAAGCCGUCAACCUGUUGGACACGGCCGUGCCAAUAUCCCGCAAACUAAGCACACGAGAGCAGAGGGACUGCGAGGUCAUCCAACGGCUCAUCAAGUGCUACUUCCUGAUCGUGCGCAAGAGCAUCCAGGACAGUGUGCCAAAGACGGUGAUGCAUUUCCUGGUGAAUUUCGUGAAAGAGAAUCUGCAGAGUGAGCUGGUCGGACAGCUCUACAAACAGCGUCUUCUACAGGAACUGCUCAUCGAGUCUCAGGAAACCGCUCAGCAGCGCACAGAGGUUGCACAGAUGCUGGAGGCCCUCAAGAAAGCCAGUAACAUCAUCUCAGAGAUCCGGGAGACUCAUCUUUGGUAGCCAAACGUUCUCUUGAACAUUCUGUCCAGGAAAGUGUUUACAUGUUUGUGCGUGCGGUAUGUGUGAGUGAACGACAUAAUUCAAAUAUCUGAAGAAAUUCAAUGCCUCUGCCAGCAUGAACAUUCAACAAAAUCUGUACAGUUUUUCCAAAUGCUCUUUAUUUCUACUGUAUAUGCACUGAUUACAUAACUCUGUGUGUGUGUGCGCAUGGUAGCUCAGAUAAAGCUCAUUUUCUUCAA